AUGAGCGAAAUUUAUAAACUUGGUGAUUUAGUUUGGGCUAAAAUGAAGGGUUUCAGUCCCUGGCCCGGCCGGGUAGCAAUUCCUACACCAGAGCUGAAGCCUCCUAAGAAGACAACCAAUGUUCAGUGCAUUUAUUUCUUUGGAACUAACAAUUAUGCGUGGAUCGAAGAGCACAACAUCAAGCCAUACCAGGAACACAAGGAGCAACUGAUUAAAUCUUGCAAGACUGCUGCCUUCAAAGAGGCUGUCAAUCAGAUUGAAGAGUAUAUUGUCCAUCCCGAGAAAUUCGGCGAUAUCGAUGACCACGCCAAAAAUCCUGAGGAGGAGUUCGAUAAACUCAAAGAUGUGAUGAACGAGGAGAGUUCCGAAGAGAAGCCGGUAGAAGCAACUCCUGAAGUCAAAAAGAAAACUAAUACACCGAAGAUACGUUUGGGCAUUUCAAAGGUGAAGUCGGUGAAGCGUUCAUCCUCCGCCGGCAUGAAGGGAACCCCUCGGAAGAAGGUGAAGAGCAUCUCCCGUUCCUUCACCGACACCGAAAUGGCCAACGAGAAGCCGUCUAUGCUAAACCAUUCGUUCUCCAAGAAGUCCAGCCUUCUGCACCGCCCUUCUAAUAUACUGAGACCUGACACACCCCCACUAGACCUGGAGAAUGUAUCGGAGACGCUGCUGGAGAAGAACAUCAAGGCCAGCCAGAUGAAGUUUGGUUUCCUAGGGCUGGGCAUCAUGGGUAGUGGUAUUGUGAAGAACUUGCUCAACUCUGGACACAAGGUGCUCGUGUGGAACCGCACUGGUGCUAAGGAUUUGGCGACUGGAUAUAGGUUUGGUGAAGAAAAGUCAGCAUGCUUAAGCUAA